GGCUCUCUGGCUUCUUCUUACCUUCCCCCGUUACUAUAAAUGCCUUCUCAAUUCUCCCCUCCUCCAAUCUCUCUCUCCUCUCUCUUAGGGCAUCUCUACCAUCUCCCCAAAAGCCGCAGCCAUGUCUGCGGGCAGAUACAUGGCCUAUUCUCCUUCUCCCUCAGCUGCUCCUCACUCCCCUCACAUCUCUGGGAUCCGAAACCCCACCAACCUCAGCCUCGCUGAUCAAGAAAAGUAUCUCUCUGAGUUAUUGGCAGAGCGUCACAAGCUUGGACCCUUUGUGCCGGUGCUUCCAUUCUGUUAUCGCUUGUUGAACCAGGAAAUUUUGCGUGUAACUACACUAUUGGGGAAUGCAUCUCUUUUAGACCAGCAAAGUGGGUUUGAACAUGGUAGCCCUCUGACAACUGGUGGAUUAUUUUCGAAUGGAGCAGCUGCUGAUAUGAGUGGGUGGGCAUCAGCGUUUCAAUCAGAAAGGUUGGGACUGUUGCAACAUUCAUCGGCGAAUAGUUGGCUCGGUUCUCACGGAAGCUCCUCCAGUCUUGUUGUCAAGAAAACCAUGAGGGUUGAUAUUCCCGUAGACAAGUACCCUACUUUCAACUUUGUUGGUCGGCUCUUAGGUCCUAGAGGAAACUCUCUUAAGCGAGUUGAAGCAAGUACUGACUGUCGUGUCCUUAUUAGAGGUCGUGGCAGCAUCAAGGAUCCAACUCGGGAGGAUAUGAUGAGGGGGAAACCAGGAUAUGAGCACUUGGAUGAGCCUCUUCACAUUUUAGUAGAGGCAGAGUUGCCAGUUGAUAUUAUCGAUACCCGUCUGAUGCAAGCUCGUGAGAUCUUGGAAGAUUUGCUCAAGCCUGUGGAUGAAUCACAGGAUUUCUUCAAAAAGCAGCAGCUGAGAGAGCUAGCUUUGCUCAAUGGCACGCUUCGUGAUGAAGGGUCAAACAUCUCUGGCUCGGUAUCUCCCUUCAAUGAUACCCUCAGUAUGAAGAGAGCCAAGACCCGAGGGUAACUCUAACUCGAUAGCUUCUUUGAGUAUUACCGUUCUAUUUUGGGUUUUCCCCAAGAAAACCGAUUUCCCUAAUUGCCAGCAAGGCACCGGCAGCAAGAAGAGUCCUUAGCUAGAUAACAGUCUGAAGUGUGUUUGACAUGCCAUAGGGGAACAUGGCCAGUGGGUAAGUAAGGUUUCAUGUCUUGUGGAGUUUGGCUAUUGUGGGACAAUAUGCUCAUAGUUAUGUUUUAAGUGUUGUGGGAGUUUUGUGUGGAAGGAUACUUUGUGUUGCUGUAUCAACUGUGAGGAAUUGUACUCACCUGGAGCUGGUCCAGGUGCAGGUGUGUUUAGAUCCUAUUUGAGUUUUAGUAUGGUGGAAAUAACUCAAUUGUGGUCUACUACUUUACCUUGUUUUUCAUUUCUUUGAAGA